ACUGCUUCAUACUGCGACAAUAAUGGACACUUGCGUCCAUAUUGCCUGCAAUGGUCCCUGAAGGCUUACUGAUACACCGACCCACCCAACAGGGAUAUGUUGCUCGUGGCUUAUACAUCUCAGACCUUCAACCUCGAAAGAGACUUACGGAUGUAGCCGGGCAGCCACCUAUUCGUCGGUGUAUCUUGCAAGUUGAACUUACAGAAUGUGGGGCAUCGUGUCCUUGUGAUCGCGUCCUCUCCAUAUAAAAGCUCGUGACGCAAUGUCCACUCUUCUCAUCCCCAGCCCAGCAAGCACAUCCAACACGCAACAAACACAUCUCACUUCUCCUCAACUCUCCGUCAUCUCAUCAUGUC